GAUGCCAUUCGUGCUCUUUAUCGUAACGACGGUGGACGUGAUUUGUUUAUCUCCGCUGGAAAAUUCGCAUUUGCCAGCAUUUGGCGUCUCUCGAGCGCCAAGAAAACAGUGAAAAGUGUAAAUAGAAGUGAGUGUCGGUCCGCUAAAAGUACCAAAGAAUGCCUGUGGCGUGAAAGAGGAGGUGAAAAUGGUGGGAUUUGUCGCGGUUCACACAGGUGCUGGCAACUGUAUCAAUGAGGUGCUGUACAGAAAUGUGUGCAGAGAUGCGUGCACGGCUUCUGUGGAGACGCUGAGGAGUGGUGGAAGUGCCUUGGACGCCUGUGAAGUUGCCAUUACUCACCUCGAGAAUUCCCCCUCGACAAAUGCCGGGUUCGGCUCAAAUCUCACCUGGGAUCGGACCAUUGAGUGCGACGCCUCAAUCAUGGAUGGGCAGACGCUGAAUUUCGGCGCCUGCACGAACGUCUCGGACGUGAAAAAUCCCAUCAAGCUCGCCAGAUGUGUUUGUGAUCUCCAGUCAAAGACGCUGGCCCACGGACGCGUCCCACCGAUGGUUGUAAGUGGGGAAGGUGCUAGUAAGAUAGCCAAAGAAAUGGGUGUUUCGCUCGUGGAGGACCCCGAGGAGCUCAUCUCCGAGAAAGCCCUCAACUGCUUUAACCACUUCAAGGGGAAAGUGAAUUCCUGGGCCAUGGCCAACAACACCACCCACAGCAGCCCGCUGGACACCGUGGGCGCUGUGUGUGUGGAUGGCGACGGGAAUAUCUCUGCCGGGUGCAGUUCUGGCGGCAUCAUUCUCAAGACCUCGGGCAGAGUGGGACAGGCGGCGACUUAUGGCGCCGGCUGCUGGGCGAUGGCCGAUCGCGAUCGCUGCGUGGCCACAUGCACCACUGGAAUGGGGGAGUAUCUGAUGAAGACCCUCCUGGCCAGGGAAAUUGUCAACGACCUCAUCAACUGCCAGUGUCCCGUGACAUCCCUCAACAAGACCUUCAAGGAGCGAUUUCUCGACUCGCCGUACCUGAAGACACCGGAGCCACUCUACGCCGGCGCCCUGACCAUUCUCUACGAUCGCACCAGCGGCACCGGCGACGUGCUCUGGAGCCACACCACCGCCGCCAUGUGCAUCGGCUACAUGGGCACCUCCUUCCGGAAGCCAAAGUUUAUCUGCUCAGAACUGCCGAUGAACUGCAAGAGUGGCCGCACAACUGUCGUAUCUGGAAAGCAAUUCACACUGCCCACUUAGGAGGAGUCUUCCAGCCACGUUCUCGGCUUC